AUGGUUGAUCUGGGUUCGUGCAAUGGAUAUUUUGCGCUGAAGGCUGCAUACAGGCAUCCAGAAGCAGACAUAGUGGCCGUUGAAGGUUCGGUUGGAAUUGGAAAUGGGACAGCUGGGUUGCAGGGCACAGUGGGGCAAAUCUUGAGGACAGAAGCUGUGCAGACUCAUCUUCGCUGGAUUCAAAAGCUGAGACUUACAAACUGCUUUGUCGCCCCGGAGGUUUGGGACUAUCAGCACAUUUGCAGCUUAGCGUCUUCCGGCAGACCGAUCUGUGAUGCAAUGUUUCUACUUUCGGUUGUGCACCACAUCGACAAUGUCUCGUCCCAACAAUAUGCCAAAGCUGGACUUUCAAGGGUGCAAGGUGGCAUUGACCUCAUUGCAAAGCUACUGCUCUUGUCUCCCAGGCAUUUCGUUGAGCUCCCACAACAGCCUUGGCUGAAAGCUUUGUUCGAUGCUUUCGGCACUCCUCGUGCUAUUUUGGAAGAAGCGGCGAAAGCUACUGGCCUCCGUUGGGCUUUCAAAGGCCCAAUCUUCACUGCUGAGUGGUUUGGGAGUCGAGAUACUUGGGUCAUGGAAGUGCAGGAUGAGAUGCCAGAGCUAGACAUUCAGUCUUGCCCGUUUCCUCUGCUCUAUCGUGGCAAUGAACUUGAUUCAGAGCCUGAGAUUCGGGAUGGCUUCCAUAAUGUGGAUGGCUUGAACUUUCCUGGCGAGGACAAUUUGCCCUUAGCCAUGAAACUUGCAGAUGAUGUGAAUGAUGUGGAAAUCGUUUUGCCGGUCUUUUUAGACUCUAACGCCUUGGUCUUUGUUUUUCAGGCGGAGAAAGCCCUCAAGCCUGAGGAAUUGUGCGCAAGCCUUGUGGUGAAUGGCUUGAUCAAGGACGCCUUGAAAGAGGACGUGAAGACUGCCACAGAGGAUGUGGCCAUGGCAGUUGAUGACAGUGGUGAUGAGAUGGAGGAUGAUGUGUUGAGCCUUUGUGAUCAGAGUGAGGCCGAAGAGGUUGAUUUGGCGUGCCGUCUCGCACAGCGCGUGGUGCAAGAAGGUAUACACCUUGACAUCACCAAGGCGGUUCAGGACGCAUCCCAUCAAAGCGUGUCCACAGAGUUUGAAGAGGUCUCAGCCUUCAGUGAGGAAGAAGAAGAGGAUAGAGUGCUUGAUAAGGAGGCGGAAGCGGCUCGCUUGGAGGCUCGCCAGACGCUGAUCCAAGCAGCUCAGAGUGGACGUUUGCUCACGGCGCUGCAAGAAGCUACUGCUGCAAAGGCAGAGAUGGACGUUGCUGCUCUUCGUCAAGAGGCCAAGCAAAAGUUGUUGGCAGCUGCCCAAGAUGGACGCUUGGCAGCUGCUUUCAAAUCCAAGGCUGAAGCGGUUGAAGUGGAGCCACAAGAACCUGAUGUGGAGUCGCUGCGCCGCGAGGCUCGGGAUACACUCCUCAAAGCGGCUCGCGAUGGUCGAUUGGCAUCAGCCUUCAGCGAUAUGCGGAAGGCAGCAGAAGUUAGCAGCGAAAAAUGUGUGGCGAAGGGAGCUGCCUGUCAUUUUGAGGGAAAAUUGAACAUUACUCAGUGCUUGGCCAAAGUUGCAAGCUUAAGCUUGCAGUGCAGAUAUGCUAUUGACGAAGGACACUCAUGUGAAAAGCUUGGCUGGCAGAAGGGUUGA